AUAAACGAUGUAAAGUAAAUAAUCAAAAUUUUUCAAAUACCAUUUGUUUUUUUGUUUUUCGUUCCGAUUCUGAUCACCCGAUCAUCAUUAUUAUUUUUACCAUUGUUUGACGGAAUUUCAGUUUUUUCAAAUCGUUCAUUCAUUCAUCAAAUAAAAUAUAUUGAUACAACUGGAAAACAAUAAGAAAAACAAAACGUCAACAAAAAUAAAUCGUCAAAGCUGGAGUUGAUGGAAUUGGAGAAUAUUGUUGCCAAUACUGUGUAUCUUAAGGCUCGUGAAGACAGUAAUAAAGGCAGAAGUAAAAAAUGGAAAAAAUUAUUACAACUUCCACAUAUUACACAAUGCCUUUAUCUGAAGGAUAAAUUAGAUAUUCAUUAUCGAUAUAUUGUCGAGCUUCAACCAAUUGGUCGUCUAUUGUUUCGUAAAUUUUGUGAAACAACAAAACUUUCAUAUCAUAAUUGUAAUCUAUUUCUCGAUGCUCUGGAAAAUUACGAAUUAUCGGAAGAAAAGGAAAAAACUGCCAAAAAAAUUAUACAAGAAUUUUUAAUAUCAGAUAAUCAAAGUAAAAAUUUUGUCGAAAUUCUAACCGAAGAAAUUGUUGAACGUUGUUUAUCAAAUUCAUCGAAUGCAACCAAAGGAUUGUUUGCCGAUUGUUCAUUCUAUGUUAAACAUUAUCUAUCGGAAAAACCGUUUAAAGAAUUUGAAAAUAGUAAAUAUUUUUUACGAUAUUUACAAUGGAAAGCUCUAGAAUUACGUCCAGUUACAAGCAAAACAUUUCGUAUGUAUCGUGUACUUGGAAAAGGAGGAUUCGGCGAAGUAUGUGCUUGUCAGGUUCGUGCUACAGGCAAAAUGUAUGCAUGUAAAAAAUUGGAAAAAAAACGUAUAAAAAAACGUAAAGGCGAACAGAUGGUAUUGACGGAAAAACAAAUUUUACAAAAAGUUAAUUCACGUUUUAUUGUUAGUCUUGCAUAUGCAUAUGAAACGAAAGAAUUUUUAUGCCUAAUAUUAACCAUAAUGAAUGGUGGUGAUCUUAAAUUUCAUAUCUAUAAUAUGGGUGGUGAAUCCGGUUUCGGUAUACAACGAUCUCGUUUUUAUGCUGCCGAAAUUACAUUAGGUUUUGAACAUUUACAUUCAAUCGGUAUUGUUUAUCGUGAUUUAAAACCGGAAAAUAUUUUACUUGAUGAUCAUGGUCAUGUACGUAUUUCAGAUCUAGGCCUGGCUGUUGAAAUACCUGAAAAUGAAAUGGUACGUGGACGUGUCGGUACUGUUGGUUAUAUGUCACCAGAAAUUGUUGAUAAUGAAAAAUAUUCAUAUAGUCCUGAUUGGUUUAGUUUGGGUUGUUUAAUUUAUGAAAUGAUUGAAGGUAAAGCACCAUUUCGUGCACGUAAAGAAAAAGUUAAACGUGAAGAAGUUGAAAGACGUAUUAAAUAUGAACAGGAAGUAUAUUCAAAAAAAUUUACCGAAGAUUCUAUGUUAAUUUGUAGACAGUUGUUACAGAAAAAAGUUAGAGAUCGACUUGGUUGUUCAAGUGAUCGUUAUGGAGCACGUGAAGUAAAAAAUCAUAUAUUUUUCAAAGAUAUUAAUUGGAAAAGACUUGAAGCUGGUCUUCUUGAUCCUCCAUUUGUGCCCGAUCCACAUGCCGUUUAUGCCAAAGAUGUUCUUGAUAUUGAACAAUUUUCAACUGUAAAAGGUGUUAAUAUUGAUUCAACUGAUGAUACAUUUUAUUCAAAAUUUAAUACUGGUUGUGUAUCGAUACCUUGGCAAAAUGAAAUAAUUGAAACAGAUUGUUUUGAAGAGCUAAGUAUAUUUGGUGGCCCAUUUGGUGAUGAAUUGACACCCGAUCUAAUCAUAUCGAAUGGACCACCAGAAAUUGAAGAUAAUUAUAAUUGUUUUCCAUUUCUACGUAAACAUCGUCAUAAAAAUAAUACUAAAUUGAAAAAUGAUUUAAAUUUAAAUAAUAAAUUAUUAUUAAAUACUAAUAAUGAAUCUGAAAUGAUUACGACAACCGAAUCUAGCCAAACAAAUUGAAGAAAGAAAAGAAAAACAUUGUUGAUAAAUUCUUCUAAUUCAAAAAAUAUAUAUAAUUAAUUAAUUAAUUUUUA